CUCUACCGUCAGCCCUUCGCCCCGCCCCGUGCCCCCCGACCCGGAGCCCGCUCCGCCCUCGCGUCGCCCGCAGAGCCCCCGGGGGUGAGGCGCGCCCGCGUCGCGGUGAGGUCACAGGAGCGGGAGGAGGGGGAGGGAGAGCGCCGGGGCCCGCGUCCUGCGGCGGGUCGCGGUCCUCUGUGCGGUCGGGACGCUCGGGCCGGGCCGCUCGCCCCGCGGGCUGGAGCCAGGUGGGGAGCCUGGGCCCGGGGCAGGGGGCAGCGCGGGGUGACCCUGCGGACAGAAAGGGCGGCUGCAGCGCCGCUGGACAGCCGCGGCGCCCCCCGGCCUGCGGCCUGCGCGGCUGGAGGGCCGGAGCCCGACGCGGCCCCGGUGUCCGGGGGGGCCAGGGAGCGGCGGGGACCUUGCCCGGAGCCCGGCGGCCUGCGGGGCUGCGAUGGACCGUCGGGAGCCCUGGUCUCACGGCCCCGCGGGGAAGGCGCCCCGGCGGGCCUCGCCCGUCCGGAGCCCGAGCAGGGCCUGCGGCCGGCCCGGCGCCCAGAGCGGAGGGCAGCAGGUGCGGACUCAGGACUGGGUGUGCGAGCCCCCCGGGAGCAGGCCCGCGAGCCGCCGCUGGAGCGUCAGCAUCGAGGAGCGCCGGCAGCUGGCCACGCCGGACGGCGGGGAGGAGCCGGGCACCGGCGGGCCUGACUCCCACUACAGGGACAUCGUGCAGCUCGUGGCGCAGCUGGUGUCCGAGGACGUGGACAAGGACGUGCUCCUGCCCCACCCACUGAGGUCCUCGGAGUCCGCCGAGGCCUUCCACGCCUUCCUGGCCCGGAGCUCGCCUUUCUGGCACACGGCGACCUCGGAGGCGCAGGUCUCGAGGCCACUGCCCUCCUAAGAGACGACUCAGCCCAGUGUCUGUUCCAGCGCUUUUCCUGGGGGCUCUGGGGUAGGCGGCGGCGGCCUCUUCACCUCCCGUGGGAGCUCGUGAACCCAGGCCCAGGAGGACCCCGUGACUGUCCCUUCCUUAGAACACGCAGCCCUGAGGCCUUGGAGGCCACCUCGGGGAGGGGUGCCUUGCCCCAGCCCAGCCUCCAGGAGGCCGCCUGAAGGGGCCUGGGGGACAGGGCCAUGGUGGGGGGUGCUUGCAGAAGAGCCGUCUGCUGCCUAGAGAGGCCUCGGCCUGGGCGUGAUGGCUCACGGGCCCCUACAGAGCCCAGUUGAUGAGCAGCUCCCUGCUGGUCCUCCAGGAGGGUGGAGAGUGGGGGGCCACCAGCUGCUGGGCACGGAUGCUCACCCAGCCGGGGGCCACCGGGUCUCGUGCUGGGCCUGCCUGCGGGAGGUCCAAAGGGGCCCACGUAGCCCUGGGGGAGCAGAAGCCAGGGGCCGCUGAGCACGGAGAGGCUUCCUGAAGGACGGGUGCCUCCCCACCUCCGCACAGUGGUUGGCAGGCAGAGGGCACGGGAAGCUGUGAAGAGCGGGCCCUGGGCCCAUCCCAGCGUCUGCUUUUGGGGGUUGAGGGGUGAGCAGAGGGUUCUGAGCCCCAGCUGAUGUGGGGGGUGCACUGGCGGAGCAGGAGCUGGAGGGAAGGCGGGGUGCUGGCAGGCUCCCAGCCCUCAGGGCCCUGGAAGGACAGCAGCACAGGUGGGACCGUCCCAGGACUUGGCCACUGACUCUCAGGGGCUGACGGGCUUGUGUGUGUGGACAGCUGGGUGGUGGGGACUUCAGGCUAGAUGAGGUGAGGAACCCCAGGCCUGGGGUGCGGGCAGGAAUAGGCCUGCACACACCGGCCCCCCUGGGGCCCGGAACCUGUGGCCUGUGUCCUGUGGGGCAGGCUGAGGUUGAGGCCUGGGGGACAAUAUGACCCCCUUCCCCCUCUUUAGGGAUAUCUGAUGAUGAACUAAGGGUGGGCGUCCCGGGCCAGGCUCCAUGCUGGGCAGGAAGGACCCCCGCCCCCACCCAGCAGUGCUCCCAGUGCAAAACGGGAGCUGAAGUGCCAACGGUCAGGUCGAGGUGACGAGGGCUUUGGAGUUCUUUGUCACAGAGCGGGGAUCCGGAGGGUCACUGGGCUGACCUACCGGUUCUGGUCUGGCUUGGGGCUGGUCACAAGGCUGCAGUCGGAUGGCGGGGAGUCCAGGAUGCUGCGACGGCCCCCCUCUGCCUUCCACGUGGUCUCGGCACCUCUGCUGCCUGGGGCCCGGCACUCCCACCCCUGCAGCAUGGCAGAGGGGCCUUGGGGGGGUGGCAAGACCCCGGCCAGGCAGCGUCCUCAGCUGCCUCCUGCGUGGUUACCAUGGCUAACCAAGGCCUCAGGACCCUCCCAGUGGCCCCGUCCGGUAGAGUGUGGUGCCCAGGACAGGGGUCACUCACCACCGGGGGAUGGAUUUGCUGCCACCCAGAGCUCUGCUUUCUACUGCUGCCCCAGCAGAGCACCACUGCAGACGUCCUGUCCUCACGUUCCCUGGCUGGGGCUCCCCAGAGGUCCCAAAUGGGCCUCACCAGCCUAGAAUCAGGCUGUGCGCACGGCUGCCCGUCCUUCUGGAGAACCCGUUCCUGACCUUUUCCAGCUUCGGGAAGCUGUCUGCUAGCCUUGGCGUGAGGCCGUUUCCUCCGCCUUCAAGGGCAGCUGCGUGGCCCCUGUGGGCCCCAUGCCUCGUCUUCUCUGGGGCCUCUGCCUCUUCUGUCGGCCCCCGGCGCUGCGGGCCGCUGCUCCACCGUCAUGGCUGAGCCGUCCCGGGCCCCACGGGCACAUUCUCAGCUUUGGGGUGAAGAUGUGGACAUCUUUUUGGGGGUGCUGUGCCUUCCACGGGGCCCAGCACUGACGGGGUAGAACUGGGGGUGCUGUGUCCCAUCCCACAGAACACGGGACUGCCUCCAACAACCGGGACUAGCAGCUGCGCGGAGCCCCUGGGGCAGAAGAGGCCCCAGCAGCAGAGCGGGAGUCAGCAGGAUGAGUGGAGUCAGUCUCAGGCAGCAGCAGUUGGCGGGGACGUCUCCUGGGCCACCCCCACCUAUGUCCCUCCUUUGUUUUUAUUUUUUAAGAUUGCAUUUAUUUUGAGUGCAGGUUGGGGGAGGGGCGGAGGGAGGGGGGAGAAUCCCAAGCAGCGUCCCCGCUGAGCACAGGGCGCCCCCACAACCCCGAGUUUGUGACGCGAGCUGAAACCUGAAGGGAGAUGCUUCAGGGCACCUGGGGGCCCCGUCGUCGGGUGUCUGCCUUUGGUUCAGGGCAUGAUCCCAGGUCCUGCCUGCU